AGAUGAGAUUCAUCGAAUCGACAGGACAGCGUAUUUACACACCACAUGACAGUCAUGAGGUCUGGUCGCCUGGCUGUCAAUAAAUGCAGCGCAUCGUCACACAGUGGCACAGCGAACAAACUCGCUCAUUCAGCUCAUUCACUCGACCCUCAUCACUCCAUGGCAGCUUCACAAAUCAGUCCCCCCAUCAAAACCUUCGGUGUACCCCCCCAGCCACCUACCCACAUCACAUCGGUCAGUCAGUCAGUGGCCCCUCAGCCCUCGCCGCCGUCCCCAUUCUGUUUGGGCAUCUUGAGCAGCUCGCGAAUGAACGACCCCGACCGUGGCGGCGCCCCACCCACACCCACCGGCAAUGACCUGAAGAAGCAGAGAGACGGACAGUGGUGUGUUUGGGGUGUGUGAGGAUGGUCUUACGGUGCCGUCAUUUGGCGCAUGUCUUGCCGCCUUUGGAUGGCAUCCCUAGCACCAUCGGGCAGCCCCCUCUCUGCACAGACACCGAACCCACACACACAGACAGCCGCACAGUGUGUUCACAGGUGCGGCGAAUUUCAUUUCUCUCUCUCUCUUUCUCUCUCACCGAUUGCCUCGACACAGUCGCCCACAGGCUUCCCCUGCCGCAGUGCCUCGACCAGGUUGUCAUAGGCCUGCGAAUACUCCUGUCCACACAAACAGAACCAAACCACACACACGUCAUGCACUGAGCAGCCCUCUGUGGUGUGGUGUCACCGACCCUGCCACCCACCUUGAGCAGCAGCACGGCCUGCGUGACGGCCCAUCGGGCCUGCAGAGUGACGCGUGGCAGCGACCAGGGCGGAAAGAUGUCCCGACCAAGGAACAAGCGCUGCAGCAAGUGACAAGACACACACAUACAGAUGAGCACUCAGGUGGGUGUGAUGCCUCCUCUCUCUCCACUGACGGCGCCCAUGUCAUGAUCUCACCAGUGCGGCCUCGUCGCUCCUGCCGCCCUCUGCGUUGCCGAACUGCAGUGCCUCUGCGGCGAUGCCGGCCAUGGUGAUGAUGGACAGCCUGUCGAUGGUCUCACGCCUCAGCUGCCCGCGCAUCACCUCCUCCUUGAUCUCAGGCACGAAAAAGAUCGUACCUACACACACACAGAGAGAGAGAGGGAGAUACAAAUACAUCGUGCCCACCGUCUGUGUGCGGUUGUCUGUCUGACCUCCCUGUCCGGCGACGAGUGCCUUCUCUUUGAAGAGCUGCGGCACCGUCACGAUGCACCGCUGGAUUGGGGCCCCCAGCAGGUAGCCGAUGAGGAAGUGGCCCGCCUCAUGCUUGACAAUCCUCUCCUGGUAGGGGGGAAAGACCACCCGCGCGACGCUCUCCGACAGGACGGACCGGAAGAAGAGGGAAUCCACCAACACCACACCACACUGAUGGUGGGUGACACACAUCGAUGGAUGGGCGGCUAUGGUGUGUGUGUCAUGGGCUGUUUUCUCACCUCUAGAGGCACGAGAAUGUUAAGCGUCUCAGGGGGCAGCAGGGCGAUCUGCGCCAGGGCGAACGCCACACCGCUGAGACACACACGCAGACACACACCAUCCAGCGAAGUGAGACCCGUAGUGCUGUGCUUGUGGCUGCUGAUUCGGUCAUGACUUACGCGACGGACCAGAAGACCCCCGAGCCCUUAGGUGUGAGCUUGUCGAUGGUGAAGUUGGUGUACUUCUCGAUGUUGGCAUUCUGCAGCUCCACGUUGGUCUCCGCCUGGCCAGCCACCGGCCAGCACCCAGACGUCCCGCACAAGCCAUACCCCCUGACAAACACACAGACACAUGGUGGUUCCGGUCCACUCGCCUCUUGAUGCAUCUCUCUGGCUCACUUGAGGGCCCCCGCCUCGCUCAGUAUCCGAAACAAAUGAGAGAUGUCCGACUGCGCCGACUCCAGCGCCUGGAUCCCCCUGUCAUUGUAGACCGACAGCGAGUUGAGCAGCCGCUUCGCAACCACAUCACCGCCAGGCCCUGCCAGCCCGCCCGAUGACUCCAGCCGACUGCACACGUCCCUCAAGUCGCCCUUGGUGAUGCCUUCCUGACAGUCCUUAAGCAACGACUGCUGCUCCACAGACAGCCCGGCAUCGGUAUCGGUAGGCACUCGCAUAGCGAGGGUGCUGUGCCGCCUUGUCGGUGCCCUGUGGGCCGUGUGGAUGUGUCUGAGGGGAGCUGGCGGGACGAAGGAGGGGAGGGAGGGGGAUGCAUCGGCUGGCCACGCUGAGAUGCAAAGAUAGAGAACGACGGCCGCCAGCAGAGAAGCUGCGAGAGGGUGCCGUCUUCUGGUAUGCCUUUUGCGGGCAGCAUCAUGGCGCGUCGACUCGUUCGAGGUGCACUCAUGUGCACAUUGCCGCCGUCGUGGUGCAGACCGCUGCGAGAUCUGCAUGUCGCCUUUCUUGAGUAGAACUGGAGUCAGAGUCGCGCAGUUUCUUCAGUUUUUUCGAGAUCCUGCUGUAGUACAGCUCUUCAACAAUCAGGAUGUGUGUUUGUUGCCGGAGAGACAAAAAGGCGCGCGAUGGUCAAAG